AUGUCGCCUUGGUAUCAAGCCAGCGGGAACCCCUUCAGCACCCUCCCCAACCUCUUCACUGAACCCAACCCCCAUGUCCAUGCGUCAUCAAGGCGGAAGAUUGCUGCGGCCUACUCUAUGACCAGCCUCGUCCGGCUUGAACCCUUGGUGGAUGAGUGCACGACGAUUCUCGAGGCGCGGCUACGCGAAUUCGCCUCUGCCGAUCAAACUUUUGAUCUUUCGCUAUGGAUGCAAUGUUUUGCGUUCGAUGUGAUUGGAAAGAUCACGUUCGGCGAGCGCUUCGGCUUUCUCGAUUCUGGCGCGGAUAUCGACGGCAUCAUGGCUUCUCUCACGGAAUACCUCAACCACUGCGCGCGAGUUGGUGUCUUCCCCGAAUGGCACAAGACAUUAUUCCGUCGCAAAAUGAAGUCGAGGAGUCUUUCAGGCGUCCCCAACAUUCGAAGAUUCGCGUCGACCCACCUUGAGGCCAAGAGUGCAAAGACUCAGCUAGGCGAGGAUAAAGACGGGCCGGUCGACAUUAUAACGCGGCUACUAUCGAUCCAAAGCGAGGAUCCCGACAAAAUCGGCAAGGACGAGAUCCUGAGUACCGCGGUGAUGAACAUUGGGGCCGGCUCUGACACGACCUCCAUCGCAAAGCUGAGGGAGGAAAUCGCGUCAUACGAGGUGAACGGCCUGCUUUCCAACCCGGUGAAAUUUGCCGAAGCCCAGAAAAUGCCGUAUUUGCAGGCCGUCAUAAAGGAGGCACUUCGAGUCCAUCCCGCCGCGGGAUUGAUCCUCGGCCGGGUUGUUCCUGAAGGCGGCGCCUUGCUGGCUGGUCAACAUUUCCCUCCCGGCUUUGGCCAAGGUUCUCGGACGUGUAUCGGCAAGAACAUUAGCUUGAUGGAGAUCUCCAAGGUCAUCCCACAGAUCGUUCGCCAGUUUGACCUCGUGCCGGAUACAACCUCGGGGAACCGGAGUGGCAAACGGAGAAUGUGUGGUUCGUCAAGACGAAAGAUUUCUACUGUAAACCUCGUGUACUUGAGAAAGCGUGAGUGA